ACACAACACACACACAACACAUACACCCACAAACACAUAUAACACACGUAUACAUAUUAAGAGUGUGCGACUACAGUGCAGAAAGUUUUGUGCAGUGAACGGUCGUUAAUAGACCAGUGCAGCGGUUCUGCGGAAGGAGACGAGAGGAAGAGGAAGAUAGUUAAGUAGUGAGAGAGGAAAAGAGACGGAAGAGAAGGCACUAUAUGCGUUGAGAGGUACCGCACGAGUGCCAGCUAAAAGAAAGAAAGAGAAAGAAAGACAAGUACGAUAAAAAAGGGGGAAGAGACGUCUUUUACUAAAGAGAAAGAGGACCAGACUCUGUGUGAGGACUCUCAGUGUGCUUUGUGUCUAUGUAUAUGUGCGUAGUACUAUAGUGGUAGAGGAAACGAGGAGGAGAAGAAGAAGAAGAAGAAGAAGAAAAAAAAACAUAUAAACAGGGUGCUAUAUAGAAGACAUUAAUAAAAAAAAAAAAAAAAAACAUCCAACAAGAUGCAUUUUCACGGUGGCCUAUUGUUGACGAUCUUUCUAAUCGUCCUUUUUUGUCCUUCGACGCUUCGAGCAAGAAGAGUCGCACCUUUGAUGGAGGAUGAUUGGGCCAGAAGACCGCAUCGAGCUGCCGAAUGCACAUUCGGUAAGCAGAUUCGCGAGUUGGGAUCUACCUGGUUCGCGGAUUUGGGCCCGCCUUUUGGAGUUAUGUACUGCAUCAAAUGCGAAUGCAUUCCGGUGCAAAAGAAACGACGAAUCAUCGCUAGGGUUCAAUGCCGUAACAUUAAGAACGAAUGUCCAAAGCCCACCUGCGACGAACCAGUCUUACUACCGGGAAGAUGCUGCAAAUCGUGUCCUGGUGAUUACAUUACCGACACGGUUCAGGAUCUACCAGCUCAAUUGACGUCGGAGGAAGAGGAACGAAGCUUGAAACAUUUCGGUACGCUGUUAACUGGAAAAACGUCCCAAGUGAUACGCCGUGACGACGCAACACCAUCAUUCAGCUAUAACAGUGCCUAUAAUUACUUAGCCACUGGUCGUUUCACGUUCCACCGAAAGAAUUUGUAUUAUUCAUUUUAUCUAUCAGCUGGGACACCUCGACCAAGGAGUAUACAAUUCAUUGAUAGCUCUGGCAAUAUUCUAGAAGAACAAACGAUCGAUGCCGCUGGUGGAGUUUAUCAGAAUGCAACAGGCAAAGUUUGUGGGGUUUGGAGAAGAGUACCAAGAGAUUACAGAAAAUUAUUACGAGAAGAACGUCUUCAUGUAUCCUUCAUUUGGGAACCAUGCGCUAGUUUGACAGGACAAUUGUCUCGAUAUCGAGCAUUGUCUAGUGAACAAUUUACAUCUUUGUUGGAACCAACAAUGGGUGUAGAUAGAUCUGUGAUGUCAGGUGCAGGAGGCACUGCAAUUGUCUCGGCUUCGUCAGCUUCAGCACCUUCAAUUCAUAUUUCUCUCGUGUUCAAUGGCGUUUUCUUACCAAACGAUGUAUCUGAAGUGCCAAUAAUUGUUCAGCUCGAACAUGUGGAGAAGGAUUAUAUAGUAUUGACGGAAGAAAUUAUUGUAAAAAAGCCAUCUAACGAACUGAACUUUGGGGAAGUUCGAAGUGCUUUGUCUGGAGCUGAUCUACGUCUUCUAACGCGAGGAAAGUUAUCAAUCAGCAUAAUAUCUCGAAGAGAUCCACAGGCUUUGAGAUUGUCUGGUAUGGUUGGUCCACGAGUCAGUUGUGACAUGUAUCAGACGUUGUUGAUAUCUGAGAGUUCUUCUAAAGCUUCAGGGUUGGCUUGGGCUUUUCUUGAUCGCACUGGUGCCUUGAGAUAUGGCGUAAGACUGAUUGGUUUAGAAGAGGAAAGUCCAUUGGUAACUUUGGUCGAUGAGGGUGGCAAACGUCGUACAGAACUUGAAGAUCUGACUCCAUCUUUACGAGAUGGUUUUGCUAAUGGUACACUCGAUCGACCUGGACCACGUUUCCUCGAGCCAUUAUUCAAUGGUGAACUUUCGGUUGUCGCUGCAUCUCAUUUAGGCUCCCUGCUACGUGGUCGUCUUCUUCAGAGACCAGUUGCUGAUGCCAGAGAUACCGCAGCUCCGGUUUUAUUGAGAAGGCUAAAUGAUGAUUCACAACAUCCAGCACUAACUGCUUUGAUUUGGACUGCCAUUGAUUUAGAUUGUGCUCUUCAUUAUGAACUUGAAAUAGCUGGACUUGAACAACCUAGUAUAAGCUCGAACGGUGACCAAGAUGAACGUACUUUUGGCUUGUAUCUGGAAACUAUGCCAAUUCUCGCCCAGGGUGCUCCAGUUGCCAGAAGACUUCUUGAAGAAUUCACGGGAAAUAUUCUCGAGGGAUCCGUCACCGGGCUCUCACCUGUGGAGUUAUACAGGAUCGAGUCUGGCAUCGGCCUUCUCGAAGUGAUGGACAAACAAACAGGCAGUUUACUGAAGGCACCUUUUAAGGCCAGAGCACCUCUCAGUUGUCUACCCCAUUACGCCGACAACGACGUUGCCUCGGUCGUCGCUUACAAUGUUUAUCCGCCAAGAUCGGACAUCGAAACUGGCGCUUGUUUUCAUGAGACUAGAUUUUACGAGGAGGGUACUCAAUGGACAUCUGCUAACGACCCAUGCUCAAUGUGUCAUUGUUAUCGGGGAUUGGCUCAAUGCGAUCCAGUACCUUGUCCAGUACUUGCUUGUCCUCAGGGUAAACAGCUGAAACCAACAGCAGGACAUUGCUGUCCUAUCUGCUCAGCUACAGCGACAAAUACAACGGCUAAGAGUAAUGUCACUUACGUUGGAAGAGGUUGUAUUCUCGCGGGACAAUAUCAUCCUAGUGGAGCUUCCUGGCAUCCUUAUUUGCCACCAGUUGGAUUUGACACUUGUGCUGUUUGUACCUGCGACGCUGUCACGUUAGAGGUGAAAUGUCCGAGAGUGCAGUGCCCGCCAUUGGAUUGCGACGAGAAGAUCGCCUUUAGACCAGACAAGAAGGCUUGCUGUAAACAAUGUCCUAGCACAACUCCAAGUUCUGCUAUAGCGGUGACUGGUAAUUUGGAUGGGAUGAGUUUACCACGAGAUCAAGCAGUACUAUCGAUUCUUCGUUCACCCGAAGAAAUUUUAGCUACAGGUGGUUGCAAGUAUCCUCUCGGUGGACCCUAUGAGAAUGGUAUGGAAUGGCAUCCAAGAGUUCACUCCCAUGGUGAAAUGAAAUGCGUCAAGUGUCGAUGCAAGAAUGGGGAAGUCAGGUGUGAAAGGAAACGUUGUCCGAGAUCUCUUUGCAACUCGAUCGCCCAUCAAAUGAAACGAGGUGAUUAUGUAGCAGACGGCGAUGAUUGUUGUACAGUACAAUGUCGUCGUGCAAGACGUCAUCAUCGUAACCAUCAUCAUCCCUUAAGACAUUCAGUGUCGCCAAGAGAAUUGAGCUAAGUACCGGAUAUUCUUUCUUUACGGAGAAGAACCCUUACUCGUCCUAAAUCGAGUGACUAACUUAGUUAUUGUUACUCUUUUGUACGAGGAAGAACUCUUAUUCUCUACUUUGGGCGAAGUACUAUUGUGUACUUUUUACAUUAACGUAUAUAUCCUAAUCCUUGGUCCAUUGAAAACCACAAUCCAAUGGAAUUCGGAAAAGUAGAGAACGAGGAAAGGGAAAAGGGUAGUUCGAGAGUAUUGAUUCUCACUGGGUAUCCAACACGAUGGGAAUGAAUGGAGAGAAAAAUUUCAUGAACACAAUGAACAAAAUAAAAAUUGAGAAGUCUCUCUGUCUCUUUUUUUUCUCUCUCUCUCUCUCUUUCUCUCUCUCUUAGUCUUCGUUCUCUUAAUCGUUCAUACGUCGGACCCCAUGGCACCCAGUAGCCCGCAGCCAGACGUUUUAUUAAUCAAUUGGCUCUCAUCAAGGAAUAAACGAAACGGAAGCUAACUGCUCUCUAUUUACGAGCUACUAUAAGGUACAGCAACCUUUUGAAGGCAAAAAAAAAUGAAAAUAAAAACGAAGAGAAGGAGAAAAAUGACGAUGACGAAGAUGAUAGAAUGAUGAUGAUGAUGAUGAUGAUGAGAGGGAAAAGAAACUUUAGUCGUAACGGUAUCGCAGUGCUCUACUGUACCCACCAACCUCAUCGAGUUACCCAGCAACCAAAGAAGACUGAAGAACCUCCGAUGGCGACAUCAGUUAUCAUUAUGCGAUAUCGCUUGCUUCAUAAUCUUACUAAUUAUUUCAGCUUAUUAUUAUUAUUAUUACUAUUAUUAAUUAUUAUUAUUAUAUUAUAUACCAUUAAUAUUGAUAUUAUUAUUAUUAUUAUUACUAUUAGAUAUAUUAUUAUUGGUAUUGUCGUAACUAGUACGAGCUACUACGGUAACUUUAUUUCUUAAGAACCUUACAGGUAAUCUUGCGUAACGUUUUACCUAUACUUGUAAAUAUCGGAUAUCGUUCCAACAUUAUUUUCAUUCAUAUUUGCAAUUUACCUUUCGUAAUGCCAACAAUUCGAGUCUUUUCUUUUCAUGUAUUUUCGCUAUUAUUUAACACUUGUGUAUUUAUUAUUGUUUCUUUUUA